GACAUUGUCAUGUGAGUCCAGAGAGUAUGAGGACAUGCUCACGGUUCUGACCUCUGGGUACCUGGACUCUGCCUCCGCUGGUUCCUUUAGCUACAGCAGACCACGCCUAGUCCACAGCGAGGCUCUAGAGAAGGAGUUUGUGGAGAAGCGAAAGGAGAUGAAGGCUGAUGGGAGGACAGAGAAGGAGCUGGAGGAAAGCUACUGCUUCCUGCUGUGACUCCUCUACGCUGCAGACGCUGUGUGAGAAAGGCCUGUUCGUGGGUCAGAGCAGGGUCACAGCCCUCGGAAACCCACAAAAAGGAGUUUACCUGUCCAGGUGUUCAGACCUCCUGCAGCUCAACCCCUUCACUCCAGGAGCCAGCGGAGAAAUCAUCAUCUUCAAAGUCAUCAAGGGGAAGGUUAAGAGUAUCUAUGAAAACAUGAAGAACCUCCUGGACCCCACACCACGUUUCGACUCUCAUCUGUCCAAAAACAUCAGUAAAGUCACGUCUGUCAUGUCGUACAGAGCCUUCGAACUAACGCAGCAUUAUUUCUACGAGUACUCCUUUGAUGAGCUGAGGGAGCGCCCCCGGCAGGUCUGUCCCUACGCUGUGAUCUCUUUUCAGUUUAAAGACAAAAACACCCUCCUCACUAGCAAGCCCAUGGCCCCUCUCAGAUUGAACAGUCAGUCAUCAGGCAAAAGCCAAGAGCACGCUCAGUUCACUGUCUGGAGUGGGGACCUGGUCAAAGACAACAAAGUGCUUUUCCAGAUUUCACUGCAGUCUUCGUCUCCUCCUUUUCUACCCCACAAGCUACCUGAGAGGCUGGAAAUGAAGUGGGCGAUGACAUGGGACCAGGCCACAAGACGUCUCCCUCAAAGUUUAUUUUCCUACAAUCUUUACAACAACAGCAGUCAAGAAGUGGCGAAGGACGGGUUUUACUGCAGUUUUCUGGAGGUGGUGGACAAAAAUCGCUCUUUGACCAGCGUCACCAAACUGCUUCUGGAGCUGGAGACCAAAUCUGUGGUUUUGGUGACACCACUGACAGAGAUGGGCUUCCUGUUCAUACUCUCCAGUGUUCAGAUGGCCUCAACUCACGAACGAGGGGAGAACUGGAAGAGGAGUCUGCAGGCGCUGUUUGUGUUUCCUGAGACCAGAUGCUCGAAAUCCACUUCUCUGCCCGUCUCAUCUGAGACCUCUCCAGACCUGGUCACUGCUGAUUUGGUGAUGCCUGGUUUGACCCACUUUGUGCCUGCUCUCCAUUUUGCUCUGGGAAAAGCUCGAAGUAACCCCCCUCCAGAGCUGUCGACUGGAGUGGAGCUACAUGCCCGGGAAUACCUCAGCGGGAUCAAGGAAGGAGUGUUGCGCCCUUACCCCAUGGGGCAGUACGAUGCAGAUCUGGAGCAGGCCGGGCGCCAGUACCCAGCGCCCAUAAUGCACAGACUGGGGCUGGAGUCAUGUAUGCAGCGGUACCUCUGUGGACCUGCCCAUUACCUGCUGCCUCUGUCCCGAGUUAGAACCAUGGUCCAACAGCUGUGUGCCCACCCCCAGAGACCAGCGCUCCAGCAGGGGGCGCAGCCCUCACAGGGAGACCAGAAGAUUCAGCAGCUCAUAGAUCUGGUUCUGUCGUGUAAGAGGAACGCGGAGAGGGAGGUGCAGAGUGAGAUGAAGAGCGGAACGAGGAAGAGAAAGAUGGUGGAGCAGGAGAUGGCACAGAGGACCAUAAAGCACCUGAAGGCAUCACAAGAGCUACAGCAGCUGAACGCACCACACACACAAGACAGUACAGAAGUUGCCUCCUCCUCUCCUGGCUCUCUAACGUCUCUAAUUGGUUCAAUCGGUCUGAAAAGCACAGAUUUAAAUGACGAAGGAUCAGAACUGACCUCAAAACUCCUCUCUCUCCUCACAAGUCUGAACCAAAAAGCGACCAAUCAAAGCACUUCUGACCCUCGGCAGGCUGGACCAAAGGAAUCCUCUCCAUUUGAUAGGCUGGCUCUCAAACUGGGGCUGCCCACGAACUGUGAUAUUGAUCUGCGGAAACAAGAUGACUUUGAGGGGGGCAGUAUGAGCAGUUACGAGGGGUUCAGUCCGGUCAGCACGUUCAGCGGAGACCCCAGGACCGCCAACAGAGAACGGGACCGGAGUCUAGACCUGGAUCCAAGGAGAGCCAGGACAGCAAUUCCUGCUGUCUGUGAAGAGGAGGAGCCCCCACAGCCAGAGAUACCCUGGAUCCUCAUCCCCAUCACAGGCCUUCCCCCUAAGUACUACACCCGCAAAGACACAGACGCCCCUCAAGACCCACGUGUCCAUCAUGUGGGCUCCACGGCGCCCGCAUCCUUCCCUAUGGAGACAGUCACCAUGGCAACCACCAUCACCUCCUCCUCCUAUAGUCCCACCCCUUCUGUACUCGUCGCCUCUUCCUCUCCAGACCCCAGCCCUCCUGCCUCCCCGUCCCAGUGCCCCUCUCCCGACCCCAGCCCACCUCCAUCAUGCUGCCCCUCCCCUGAACCAAACCCACCAAGCUCCUCCCCCUGUCCAAGUCAAAAAUCCUCCCCAGAGCAUGAAGAGGCGUUCAGUCACCCCCGCAAGAGUGAGGAAAUCCCAGUCUUCAGGGAUACAGCAGCAGAACCAUCACCAGAGACCCCAGUCACCCCUUCCCCAGUCACCUGCACCUCUUCAGCUCCGCUCAGCCCCAGACGUCCCACUCCCCCCAAAACAACAGAUUUAAACGAAGAGGAAAUGCACCACGCUGAAGCUCAGGACCCCAUGUCUCAACCUCUUUCAUUUCAGGAGAUUGACUCCAUCAUAAACCGCCAUCUUGACUCCUUUAAUUCUGACGUACAGUGCAUUUUACAAAACCAACACGUCCCUUACACCUUCCCCCAAUCUCCUCACUCUACAUCCCAACCUGAACACACGGCGAGCACUUCACUGCACACUCCUAUUUCACAAUUUUCACCGUACGUUUCUUUUUACCAUCCUUGCCCUCCCGUCCAGUGGUACGUCAGCUCGCUACACAGACAACUCAGCAGUAUUUUAAAUGAUUGUGAAAACCGCUGGACUCCCAAUAGACCUGAUACCACUGCUUCUUCUGUUACAACUACAGAUGCUGCGUCUACCCCGGACCUAGCUAGCAGGAUUAGCGAGUUUGUGGCUAGCAUAAGAGCUGGUAACGAUGAGGGAGACGUACUUCCUGAAACUAGGGAUUGGCAAACUGUCUCGGAACAGGAAGUCGCUACCUUGUCAAUGGACUGUGAUGAAGACUUAAUCGAAAAAACAAUACAAAAUGAUGUUAGCUGUAGUGAUAUUGAAACUGAGCUUGAUAUUAGCAAUAAUGGAAGGAGACAAGUACAGUUCGGAAGCAACCGUAUUGAAAUUUGCUUCAGAAAUGAACCGGAGGCCCACAGCAGUAACAGCAGAAGUGACAGUGAAGAUGUUGGGGAUUUGACUCCUGCAUCGCCACCAGGGAAUUCAGACCAAAACGCGUUAAAUUCUCUAAUAAAUCAGUUACAACCGGAAGUUUUCACGACUUUGGUGGAAAUCAUCAAAGAUAUAAAGAGGAAUGCACAACAUUACUACAUCCACUGCCCCGAAGGAGAUGACUACACCAUUCAGGAGAUCAGGGCUCAGCUGACACAGCAAUCUUACAUCGAGCAGAGUCCAUUCAUGUUUGUGAACCAAGAAGAAAAGUCCAACAGAAAACUACUGGUGAUCAUCAAGAACCAGGACAUUGCAGCCCACAUCCACCAGAUCCCAGAGCUGCUGUCUCUGAAGAGGCAUCCCUCUGUGCAGUUUUUAGGUGUGGACAAAGCUGAGGACCUGAGGAACCACAGUUGCUGUGAGCUGUUCUCCUCCGGGGGGCAGGUUCUAUCUGACGAGAUGGUGCUCAACCCAGACAUUGUUUCACGUGAGAAACUGUCCGCACUGCUGUCCGUCCUGGAGGAGCACAGUUCCCCAGAAAAUCUGUGGAGGUGGAAAGUUCACUGCAAAACGCUCAAGAAACUCAAGGAACAAUCCAGGUUCCGCCGGGAUGCUGCCAGCCUGUUGGAGGUGCUGAUGUCGUUCCAGAAGCGUCAGAUCGUGGAGAUUUUGCCAUAUCAUAAAUGUGACAUGUCUCAGGGCCCUGAGCUUCUGGACUGUGCUGUGGAGCAGCAGGGGACAUACACCAACUUCAGACACACGUUGCUGCUCACAGAAAACCUUCUGGUGAACAGCUCUGGAGUUGGAGUCCUCGUGUGUGGGAUCGAUGAGUUCCUUCAAGAUUUCAGGAAGCUCAUCGGUUACCAUGACGAUGAUGUCCAGGAGCCAGUCAGAGAUGAGCAGUCUACGGAAGACGUGUCUCAGUCGGGUAUGGUCCCAUCUGAAGACGUGGUCUCAGGCUCUGGUCUGGGCUCCAUCCCUCUGCACUCAGAGCAGGACUUUGAGGUUCUGCACCGCGCUAUCUCACAGCUCCGUGCCGAGAGACAACAGCAGCUCAGAGACAACCAGAGCGAUACCGCCAGCGAAGGACAGGGGACAGUGUCUACUACUGAUGUAUCUACAACUGAUCUGACUGCAAAAUCUGUGACUGACACUGAACAGAGGCCCUGUACACCACCAACAGAUAAAGUUUCUAACAGUGAGGAUGCGCAGCUGACACCAGGACGAAAAGCUGUGGCUGCUACUUUAGACCUGAUCCACUCAACGAUGUACCUGCCCGAGGAAGAUCGAUCUAAAGCCCAGACCAGAGUCCGAGUGCAGACCCAAGUCCAGACCACAGACUCCAUACAAGACAGGCAAAAUCCAGAUACUCAAAUUUGUGCCAUUGAACGGACUACAGUCAUGGCUACAGUUGCCAUAGACCAGAACAGACAUCUGCCGACCCAAGUCACUCCAAGCCAAGAUAAGAGUCCGGAAAUACAAAAACCAGAUCCAGCUGAGACCCAGUUAUCCAUAGACCGCAAGACAAGUCCAGAGACCCACGUCCAAAAAGCCCUGGAGGGAAGAGAAGAGCCCACAAUCAGCAGUGGAACUCAGGGGAGCUCCAUGCCUUCAGAGCCUCAGAGAGGAGUGACUUCUGGGAAAAGUGAACCAGCGGCCACCCCUGUACAUCCACCAGUUCUGAACAAGAGUUUGAGCCAAAGCAAAGUUGAACAAGAGAAAACUACAACUCCCAUCAGCACUCCAGACAAAAGACCAGACUCCAGGCCCUCCACAGCCGGCCCCCCUCCUCCCUCUCCUCUCCCCGCUCACCUCACCUUGUUCUCGGACACUUCGCUCCCGCCCACCCCUCGCCCGCUUCCCCGCCCCACAGCCUUCCCUGGACACUCCCUCAGGCCUCACCACCCCAUGUUCUGGGGCCCCGGGCCGUUCCAGUGGGGGCGCACCAGAGCUCCACCCCACCGACGAGGCUUCAGGGGCGGGUACAACGGGAUGUGAGGAGCCCCUAAAGACUGGAGGAGAGAUGGAGGCAGAGGACAAGCUACAACUUCUGAUCUAUGCACUUUGUAAACUCGUGAAUGUAGGAUUUGAACAGGUUUUUUGUGAGGACUGAACUGGGACUAAACCAGGACUUAAAAAAUAUUUAAAUAAGGACUUAACUAGGCCUAAUAUUGAUCUAAACAGGGACUAAACUGGGACCAAACGAGGACUUAAGCCAGGUUAGAUCUCAAAUAGUUCUAAAACCAAGACUGAACUGGGACCAAACCAGGUCUAAACAAGGACUGAGCUUGGAGUUAACUAACCCUAAAACAGAUCUAAACUAGGACUUGACUGGGACUAAAACAGGUCUGAAAUGGGUUUUAAACAAAACUAAACCAGGUCUAAAAUAGGACUGAGGUUGGACAUAACUAGGCCUAAAACUGGUCUAAUCCAGGACCAAACCAGGAUUUAAGAUGGUCUCAAUGAUGACUGAGCUUGGAUUUAACUAGGCUUAAAACACAUCAAAACUAGGACUAAAGUAGGCCUUAAACAGGUCUGAACUUGGUCUAAAACAAGACUCACCUAUGUCUAAACUAGAACUAAACCAGGUCUAAAUUUGCUGUCUAAAAACUAUCUUACAUAUGCAGAAAGAGAAAUUGAAGUUUCUUGUCUAAAAAUGUCCUUGACUUUUGUAUAUAUUAUCUAAUCUAAGAGUUGAAACUGAUUUUACUUUCUGUCAAAAUUGUAUCCAAAAAAAAAAGUGUGAGACUCUGUGUUUAAUUAUUUAUAGUGUGUAGUGUAUGUGAUAUUUCCUUUUCUUCAAGUUUUAGAUUGUUUUGGAUAGAAAUUAAAUCAAUGUCAGAUGAUCUCGGUCAAGCCUUUGAAAGUUUGAUAUCUAUUUUAUAUCAAGAUAGACAAUGGAAUAAAAAAAAAAGGUUAGAUUGGAAAUACAAGAAACAUUUAAUCAAAUCAAAUUUAAACGUAGAUUAAAUAUUGUUUUGGUCCUGGUUUGGUCCUGAUUCUGUUCAUAUUCGCCCUCCUGGUUUAUUGUUGUUAAUGUAGACUUGGUUUGGUCCUGUUCUAGUCCUGGUCUAGUUCUGGUCUAGUUCUGGUCUAGUUCUGGUCUAGUUCUGGUCUAGUUCUGGUCUAGUUCUGGUCUAGUCCCAGUUUGGUCCCAAUUUCAAGUCUCAGUUCUCUUAUAUUACCAAAACUUUUCCAGGACUCAACCAGUACUGACCAGGACUGAAAAAAAAAAAGUUUCUAAAUAUUCCACACUUUUUGAGCUCAUUUCAUUUCAGCAUCUCAGUCUUCCCUGUAAUUUCACAAACUUGUUUAUAAAUCCUGUCAAAAUACUGUACAUAUUUGACUGAAAAGGCACAAAAAAAUGAGGAUAAGUUCAUUUAAAUGCACUGAAGUAAUAUUUAACCAGCUAUGUUGUAUUACCAUUGGAAAAGACAAAAGAGCGACAGAAGAACAAAGACUAAACCAGCAAAUAAAUUGAACUAAUUCAAAUGAAGAUUAUAUUGCAACAAGUAAAAAAUAUUAAUCUAGACAAUCUUCUAUUCAAAGUUAACAAUGAAUAGUUAUUUUUAUCUGUAGCGUAUAGUAGUUAAAGGUGCAUUUUGUAACUUUUCUGGAGGCUGCGUUUCUACAUGGAGAUGUUAUUGCUUUGUCUAGAAUGUUUCACAGUAUUGCAUUAAAACUUUCUGUCAUCAAGGAGAUCAAACCAAACUAAGUACAGGUCAAAUCUGUGGAGAGGCGACCCCGCUCACAGUCAGAAUACCUGUUUUUCUACGCAUUUUUGAGCUCUAAAACCACCUGUAACAAAUGUAAUAAAUGUAAAGUAAAGUUACAUAGUGCACCUUUAAAGCUGUUAUUCACCUUGUUUUUUUCCAGUUGCCAAGAAUUAUUCAGAGCUGCAAACUACAUCUAGUCUGGAUUGAACCAGUGGAAUUUCAAAUAUGACAAAGUUUCUAAUUACAUAAUCUUAUACAUAAUAAUCUUAUUCAUUUGUAAUUCAUAUUUGAUAAUCUUUAAAUCAGCUUUUUAACUUAAUUUUAAUUUCCCUCUUUAAAAAUGUUUAUGUAAAAAAAAUGUACUUGUAAUGUGCAAUCUGAAACAAAAGAGAGAUUUUUGGUGCUACUAAGACAUUUCACUCAUUGUAAAAAGCUGCACUGCGCAACUUUUCUGGUGGAGAGGCUGCUGCCUAAUUGUCUCCGUGGAGAUUUUAUCGCUUUCCCUGGAAUGUUCCAUGUGGAACAUUUUAGACAAAGCAGUAAUAUUUCCAUGAGACAAACAGGUUGCGGAUGCUCCACUGGAAAUGUCAGAGUGCAGCUUUUAAUGUGUGUUUUUAUUUUUAUUUUAUAUUUGAAAAAAUUUAACAAAUUUUUACAGAUUUGUGUAUAUUUUAGUUAUAUUUUUUCCAAAAUAAACACUAAACGCGACGUUCAUUGUUCAUUGUUCUGUUUUUGUCUGGUGCCCUCUUGUGGAUUCAAAGAGGCUGUAAAUAUGGUUUGGUUUGUAACCGAAAUAAACAUUUUUUUGUGUUCAGUUUUUAA